GUAUUACCAAUAUCGCGAGUGAAUAGCAAUAUUGUAUUCGUAAUUUGUAAAUCAUUAACCACCCCAACUGUGUAAUAUUACACAUUCCAGAGUAGUGACUCCACCGAUAACCCGAUCACGCGAAUAACCAAAUGAUCCAAAAUGAUUCGUAAAGCCUCGUCACCCAAAAUUGCAGCAAUGUCCACAACGCUCCUCGACACCUCAAUUCCUUGCAAGAAAAUAAUAAAUCCCGCAACGCCAUACCUCAAAUAGCCAGGUGAAGGGACAUGGAGAAGUUGCAGAAGAAUAGAGAGCGUAAGAGGCGUAUUACCGCGAAAGAGAACUAGAGUCUAGAGAGACAAAGAGGAUAGAGGUUCGAGAGGAGCGGAGAAGGGUAUGGUCGUAUAACGCAGGCAGACGGAGCCAAUCAGGGCGCAAUGCGAUUACCUUAACGAGAAAUCCGAUUACUUAUUCAUUCGCCUAACUCGAAAUCAGUUUAACUAAUCGUUUAAUUCGGUAGCUACCCCUCCGAACGUUUCCGAAGCAGACACGAGCCGUGUCUGUGGACGGGUUGUUGGGUGUGGUGGGCAUGGGUAUCCCCAUCCAGCCUGCCUGGCCAAAUAGACCCGCACACGCGCAACCACCAGUCUCUACACGCGCUCUACCCGGUUAAACCGUAUCCGAAGGUGAGACGGACGGACAGAGAGAGAAAGAGAGCGGUCGGUGGGGAAACGGCCGGAGGAGAGGCCUCAUUCAAUUCAAUUACGUAAUGAAUUGUCGUGUCUUGAGUAAACACCCUUCCUCACCGCGACUCGCCGCCGGAAAAUCGACGCUACGGGGUACCGGUGGGGAUGUCGUAGAUGCCGUACAAUCGAAUAUAGCGCUGUUCAGGUGUGGUGACUUCCUGCAAAAUGGUGCGUGCUUCAGAGAUGGAGUACAUAGUUUGAUGGAGUUGAAAUUUUGAUAGAGUGCAAAGUUUGAUGGAGUACAAAGUUUGAUGAAGUAUGUAAGUGUCGGAGGGACUUGUAAACUGGGAAAUAUACUGUAAGAACUUUUUCUUUUACUUACAAUUAGGCAUCAGUGCUACCACUGAUCCAUAGACACUCAAGUUACUUAUCGAAGUACAAUUUUCAAUUACAACAUCAAUGAAAUAAAUUUGCCACAUUUUUCUACAUUUCAAAUUCAAGAAUUUUUUUAUACGGAUAAUUGAAGAAAAGCCAAGAAGUAGAAUGACAUGUUCACGAGUUCCAUAUAUGAAUAAAGCAAUAGAAAAUGGCAGUUUAACUCGAACUUGAGGCACGCAAAAUCUCUCGCUUUCGCUAUAAGCUUGUAUCUUGUCGAUCGAAUAUCUUCCCCACGAAUAUCAUCCCCAAUUUUGUAUCGACAGCGUGCGUUUUCGCGGCGACAUUUCUAGCUUUCUCUCAUUUGGUUUGCAGAGGCAGUAUCAGUAAUUCAGGUGUUCUGUCGGAAUUAACAGGAACGGUUCGAUGGGGUUACUUCAGAGUUUGCAUAGCUACCGGAAACGGUCACGAUCAAAGGAAACCGAAUCGACAUUAGUGGAAACUCCGGUGGAUCUCUCAUUUGACGAUGAUGGAAUUUCAUCGUGAUGUCAGAUAUAUCCGAUGAAGCUCUUUAUCUUAACUAGCUUUUAAUGAACUUUUAAUAUAAUCUGUAGUUUUAAUAGAAAUAUCAAGUGGACUUCCGGUACCGGCCGUGUAUGAAACAUUAAGAAAAAAAAUAAAUUUAAAAAAUUCUACGGAGAGUUAAAAAAAAUUAUUUUCUCGAGGUCUUCGCGAAAAGAAUGAAUAAAUGUCUGUACAAGUAACUGACUGACUAAAUUUUUGUGCAUGUCCUCAUAAUGAAACAAUCUUUCUGAGAGUCGAUUAAAUACCUCGAACACAAAACGAUCCUCUCACACUUCAGUAUGAACUAAACAAAUUUUAAGUGUAAUGGGGAUGUUCAUCCCCCAACCUUCAUGGCGUCGUUCUGGUCCAGACUCCAAAUUCCCAGUUUAAUCUCAACAAAGGAAAAUGGACGUCAGUCCACGUUGCUCAGAGGGUUCGCCAUAUUGCAGACAGUAAUGAAGGAGAACAUGCGAUCCUUCUGGUUGUGGAAACGAAAGGAACGCGAGUACGGAACCGGAAACUGCGGAAAGCCUCCUCAGAAACAGAUAGUAGAACCCUGUACAGGAUGUCCGUCAAAAUGCCUCGAACCCGGUUACGGAAAACCCAUCAGAAAAAAGAAAAGAAGUUUGUUCAGCCUAAAAUCGAAAGAGCCCGAGGUGAUCAAAGAAAAGCCCAGCAACUGCGAGGAAAUCAAACCCGUCGAAGAAAGGUCAACCUGGUGGGAAUCGAUCUUUGGACCGGACCCUAAAAGGUCCUGGCCCGAUCCUUGCACUUGCCGAUUGGCUGUCAGACAGAAGAAGCUGUGUCGUGCACAGGAUCCUAGGUUAAAAGAUCCCCGGUACAAAGAAACUGCGGGUGACGUGUUUUUGUAUACGGAAGCGGUGAAGCGUGGUACAUCUUCUUGUCGGGAGCCGCAGCCUAAACCUCCGCCGCUGUACAAGGUUCCCAAAGCGGUGCUGUACAGGGACAUGUGCGCGGGAGAAUUGGCACUUUUUCGAGGGACACCUAAAGCGGAGGAAGAAGUGUAUCCGGUAGCGAAACCAUUCCCAAUCCCGUUCGAAGAAAUGAGGCCACCGGAAAAGAAAAGGAAAGUGUUUACCUGUCAACGUGGAAUUCGAUCGCGAGAUACCUUUCGACCUACGGCAAGAGAUUCGGAUACUUAUAAACUACGUUCUACAGUUCCGAAACAGUACUCGUCCGUGAUUUCUGAGGAUGUAAAAAAGAAGCAGGCUGCUGCUCGUGAGAAGUUUAAGAGCGACAUGAGUCAGGGGUCUCAAAGACGUUCUAGGGUGGAACAUCUUAAAUAUCUUGUUCAACAAAGGGACACGUUACAUUGUAUGUCUACAAAUUAAAUGAUCUUUGAGGGACCAGAAUGAUUUACGACGAACAAAAUUAAGUGGUUAAUUAUUGGUAAAAUUGUAUAAGUGAUCUAUUUUAUUUCGCGAAUAAAGUUCUAAAAAUGUGUACUACAGUUUAUUCAGUAGUCAAGUACAGAAAUAAACUAAUAACUAUUAAUUUAACUACUGGUGAUUCUCGAAGAAUGUUCAAAACUAAUCGUAAGUUUAAAUUAUCGCGCGCGUUUCGGAAAUUGUACUAGUGGCGCCAUCUAGCGGUGAAAGGUGGUACUACAAGAAAUGAAAAAUUACGUUUUUCGCGAAAUAAAGCAUUUUUAUGUAUAGCUAAGGGUUAAAAAUCCUUUCACGAUCAUCAGAGAGUCGAAAAAAUGUAUUUAUAGCAGGCUGAAAGCUUUAUAUUCGAAAAUGAAAAAAAAUUCAUUUUAUGGACCACAAAAUGCUUAGCCAUCUAGCGGUGAAAGUUGGAACUAACUUUGAAAAGAGCGGUCAACACUUUUCCGGCUUUGAACUCGGAAUGAAAACUAUUGUCUGUUAGUUCCAACUUUCACCGCUAGAAGAAAGCGCGCGUGUAAUUCAGAAUUUUCAAAUUGUGCGACACGUGCAAUUCUACACCUCGUCUGUAAUAAAAUUAGUCCUAAUUGAUAGGAGAGAGACUAAAAUUAACAAAAUUUAUACCUUCUGCAUCUCGUCCACGUUCACGAAAAUUUAAAAUUAUAGAAAUCUAGGAAUUUCGGGAUCUCGAGGAUAUCUAGGGAUUUAGUAAUUUAGGAAUUUAGAAAACCACGAAUAUGACGGUACAUGAAUUUAAAAAUAUGAAUAAUAAUUUUGGAAAAUACACUCAAGAUAAUCCAUAUAUUCAUCGUGCCUCGUUUUUAUUCAUACAAAUAAG